AGUUCCCGCCCUUGGCAACCCUUCGCUUCCCUAGCAACGGUCUCCGAGGCCUGAGAGCGGCCCAGCAGGCUGAUGCAGCCUGAGCCGGAGUACGCGUUGGGGCUACUCAGUGAGGAGAGCCAGCCUUGCCACUUUCGGGGUAGCCGCGGCGGCGUGUGUAGGAACCUCUGACGUUUAAGAGAUGCCGUCUGUGUAGGGGAAGCAGUGGAUUACCCGAUGAAUAAAAGCGAGCCACAGUAUCUAGGAAGGGAUCAGAAGAUCAUAAAGUCCAAUUGCCCACUCUACAGAAAGGGAGAGCAAAACUUCACAUUAGCAUUCCAAGAUGCAGGAGCCAGUUGGAGACCCCAAUGCAGUCCCUCCCCCAAGGCAGACAAUGGCAAAUAAUCCUGCAGCCAACCCUCGGAGAAUGCGACGGAUUAUUGCUGAGGAUCCUGAGUGGACUCUAGCCAUUGUUCCACAGCUCACGGAACUCUGCAUCCAACACAUAAUCAACAACUUUGAAAAAAAUCCUAUUUUGGAAAGCCUCCUUCCUGAACACCAAAGGAAGGUUCUGGACAAAAUCUCCACAAGUCUGCCCCUCACUGUGACUGCCAACCUGAUUAGUGAUGAAGGCUACUGGAAACGGUGCUGCAUGGCGAGGUGGACAGUUUGUGAUGUGUCCUCCUAUGGAAACAGCUGGAAGCGGAUGUUCUUCGAGCGUCACCUGGAGAACAUCUUGAAGUUCUAUAUUCCAGACACCACUAGCCCAAACCAAGUCCUGGAUGUUAUCCCACUCUGCAAGGAAUAUGUAAGGAAGCUAGAGAUCGAUCAGUUCCUUCCACCAGUGAAACUAGAUCAGAAGAAGGAAGAGGAAGAAAUCUCUGAUACAGAAAGUGAUGCUGGAAUAGAUGAACCUUCCAUGGAUCAUUUUGAUAUGAGCAUACUUGCCCCAGCCCUCUGCCACCUAGAGGAGCUGCACCUAUCUUACGGUGUGAAAGACUGUGGCAUGAAUUUUGAAUGGAAUCUCUUUGAGUUCACCUAUCGGGACUGCUGCUCACUGGCCAAUGCUCUUAAGAAGUCUCCAACUCUAAAGGUCUUCAAUCUCUGCCGAAGCAAAGUGGAUGAUGAUAAAGCUCGGCUCCUGAUACUACAUUUAUUAGACCACCCCUCACUGAUAGAGCUGGACCUAUCCCACAAUCUGAUUGCAGACCGGGGUGCACGAGCUGUUGGCAAACUGAUCAACCGUAGCAAACUGGUAACUCUUAACCUGUGUGAUAACAGGAUCCGUGCUCAAGGAGCUCAGGCGAUUGCUCACGCCUUGUCCAAGAAUUCCACUCUGACGUCCCUAAAUAUGCGGCUCAACUGCAUAGAGGAUGAGGGAGGCCAAGCCAUCUGCCAUGCCCUCCUGGUAAACACCACCUUGACCAAUCUUCACCUGGGUGGCAAUGAGCUGUCGGAACCCACGGCCACCCUUUUCUCUCAAGUCCUGGCGCAGAACUUGGUUCUGACUCACAUCAACCUCUCCUGCAACCAUAUUGGACUAGAUGGAGGGAAGCAGCUGCUGGAAGGCAUGACUGAUAACAGGACGGUGGUGGAAUUUGACCUGAGGCUAGCAGAAGUGGGACAAGAGAGUGAGUACCUUAUUAACCAGGCCAUAAAGAGCAAUCGGGAAUUAGCGCGUCUGAAGAGCCUUCAGCACCCAAGCACUACACCUGGCCCAAACCUUCUUGAAGUAAAGCAAAACUAACGUUCUCAGUGGUUUUUUGUUUUCACCUUCACCACCUUUAAUUAAAUAUCUAUUUUGAGCUA